AUGAAGACACGUUCACAGGCACGAGCCGAACAGCCCGCCCAACCACCAAAGGAAGCCGCCUACGCCCAGUCCUCGAAUCCAGUCUCGCACACUCCACAAGAGCAACGAGCGCCGGGCGAACCGGGCAGACUUUACGGUGACCCAAUUGGAUCAAUUACCCGCACGGCACAGUCAAAUCCAUCCAGCGACGAAGCACGAGCUCGUCUGAGCGCACAGCACAAGCAACAUGAACAGGAAAUGCAGAAUGCACCCGACGUCGAUUUAGAUUACGGCGUUGAGCAGCAGCCGGCCGAGGGGUAUAUUGCGGAUACGGUUCAGCGGAAGGGAAUGGGUAUCCAGCGUGCGCAGGCCGGUGCCCAUGCGGGUCCGGUUGGGAGUGCUGGUGGGCCUGGACAUCCCGGUUUCGGAGAGGCGGACGAUCUUGCCGCAAAGUUGCCGCAGAAAAGAGUUGAGCAUGAUCGGGUGCUUGGGGAUAGGGUUGGAAAGAGUCCUGCUGAGCCUGAUGCGGAGGUUGCGGAAAGGGAGGCUGUUCGAAGACGGGUAUUGGAGCGGGAUGAGCAUUUGGAUGUGGGAGAGGUGGUUAGAGAGGUUACGGGCGAUCCGGUGGCGGGUAAAUAG